CUGGCUACCUGGUUCUUCACCACCUUUACAGCAUCGGACUUGAAGAGGAAAGUUCACAACCUGCGAGGUGUUCAGUUUUUGUUUACCAAGAUCAACCCAGACCAAAUUGAUGUUCCACAGUUUGUUCAGGAGUACGAUAUCAAAAUUAAUGGCCCCAGAUAUGUUGUGCCAGAGCCUACUUCCCAGGAUGACCUCUAG